GCUCGGUAUCCAACCCUUCUCCUAUAAGGAUCCGCCAGCCCAAGUACCGAGAUCUUUCAUCGGAUCCAACUCGACUCCAUUUUCUCCGGCGACGAAGCAGCAGGAAGAAAGCGAUGCACGGCCGGCCGCGCAUAGCCCUCAAGCCGGAGGACGCCGCCACCUCCGCCGCCAAGGCCGCCAAGCUCCGCGACCUCCAGGCCCAACUCCUCCUCCACCACCACCACCGCAUCUACACCAGCGAGGCUUUGGCGGUCAGCUCGAAGCUUUUGGAGAUGAACCCGGAAAUCUACACCGCUUGGAACUACCGAAAGCUCGCCCUCCAACACAAUCUGAAUGAAGUGACCGACCCUGAGAUCGUUAAAUCCACCGUCGAAGAUGAGCUCAGAGUCGUAGAGAUGGCAUUGAGGCGGAAUCCCAAGUCUUACGGGGCUUGGUACCAUCGGAAAUGGGUGCUGAGCCGGGGGCUCGCGCCGGUUGACUUCGAGCGGGAGUUCCGGCUGCUGGAUCAGCUGCUGAAGGCCGAUGCUCGGAAUUUCCAUGGAUGGACUUAUCGCAGAUUUGUUGCGAAAUUGAAGAAUGUUUCGGAAGAAGAGGAGAUCAAGUUCACGAUGGAUAUGAUCAACACCAAUUUCAGCAACUAUUCUGCUUGGCACAAUCGCAGUGUGCUUCUGUCCCAGUUGCUAAAGCAAAAAGCUCAGGGAUUUGAUUCGAAAGAUGGUAUUCUAACAGAGGAGUAUGAGUUUGUACAUCAGGCUCUUUUCACAGACCCAAGCGAUCAAAGUGGGUGGUUCUAUCAUCUCUGGCUUCUGGAUCAAACUGCUAGUCCAGAUGAACUGUUUCUGAUAUCUUCAUGGCCGGUUCCUGGGUCAGAUUUGGUUUUAUCCACGAAUGAGAAAAUGGAUGGUUACAAGCUGUUUCCAACCUCAAACUUUAGUUUGUGCUAUUUUUUUCAUAAACAAACAUUUCCCAUCAUUCUUUACUUUAAUCAAGCUGUCAAAGGUGUGAGUUCGUCAACUGUGACCAUUAAUUCCAUGUUUGGUGCAAAUGAGAAUCUUAUUUGGAAGCCUUUAUCAACAACAACUUCAAGAGAAGCUCAUUGUUGGGUGACUUAUCUUAAUAUUCCUGAUGUAAAUUCCAGUAGUUUGCAAGCUUGCUCGGUUGAGAUUAGCCUUGGUCACUCAGAGGGUAUAGUGUCAUCAAAUGGUUCUUGCUACAAAUAUCCUUUGCAGUUCAAGUAUACUAUAAAAUUGAAUAAUAACAAUCUAGAACAAUUUGAUGGAGAAUCCAUUCAGGAGCUCUUUGUCUGGAACUAUGAAGAUGUUUGUUGUCCUGCCGAAAUUCCUUAUAUAAAUUCUUUUGAUCAAUUGAAAAUCAGUGAGGACAGUGUUGCAAAGGGUUUGAAGGAUAAGAAAUGGUGUUUAGAGACUUUAUCUAAUGAGAUAAACCUUUUUAAGGAACUGUCUGAGGAAAAUUGUAAGUUUGUGAACUUAACAUUAGCACGGCUUUUGGUUGCCCAUGAUGCAAUGAUGUCACAUGGAGCUUUGCUCGUGCGAAAGAGCACUCAUUCUGAAGAGGUCCUAAAACUCUAUGAAGAGCUAAUAAAGUUGGAUCCAACUCAUAAAAGAUACUAUGAGGAUGAGCGAAGCUUAGUUCUAAUGUCUCAGGUGACUUUGGAUGAAGAGUUUCUGAUGAAACAUACUUGGCAUUUUAAUAAAUUGACUUCCUCAAGUUUCCAUAACCAUGCCUGCUUACAGCUAAGUGGUUUAUCAUUAUCGCGGAUCAGCUUUGCUGAGCGUUUGUUAUGGGUUCAAAUGCUAGAUCUAAGCCACAACAACCUUCGAUCAAUUGCAGGUUUGGAGGCCUUGCAACUUCUAGUUUGCUUAAACCUAAGUAACAAUCAAGUCAGUAGCUUUACUGCACUGGAGCCCCUGAAACUGCUUGAUUCUCUUAGAGUGUUGGAUGUCUCCUUCAAUGAGAUUGGUGCUCACCCAAUUGACACAACACGGUUUCUCUGCUUGUCUCCAUUAUCACACACAUUAGAUGUGAAACUAAGUGUCGAUCAAUAUCAGAAUGGUGACAUCAAGUUUGGAGACCAUUGGGAAGCCAUACUAUUGUUUAAGGACUUGCGUUUAACUCAACUGGAUGUCAGGGGAAAUGCAGUUGCCAAUGAGAGGUUUGGUAUUUUGUUGACAGAGAUGCUUCCUACCCUGAACUGGCUCAAUGGUGAACAUGUACGAUUAUAGAGUUAUCUUUGUAGAAAUUUUAUUUUCAUAACAUCAUUCGUCAUAUUGUGUACCUUUUUCUUACCAGUUAUCUACUUUGAAAUUUUAACACGGUAAAUGUUUUGAGUUUAACAAUGUGAUCAACAUAUUAACAGCAAAGGAAUACAGCAAUUCAUGUAAACAGGUUCCAAGUUCUCUUUCCAUUCUAUUACUUAAAAACAUGAUAUUUUGGUU